AUGGAUGAGUCGCCACCCUUGCCAGCAACAUCGCUGGCACAAGCUAUUGGCUCCAAGCAUGAACCACUAACCUUGCCAAAGGAUUGCUACACAUCCUUUGUGCUGCCGAAAGGGAAGCCCACUUGUGGGUUGGUUUGGAUGCAUGGCCUCGGGGAUGAUGAGUCUGGCUGGGCCGAUGCGUUAGAAGAAAGCUUCGACCUGAAAGGCUUGAAGGCUUUGGAUGCUUCGGGCACUUCGGGCUCAUGCCGAUUCAUGUUGCCGCGCGCUCCCCGACGCCGAGUUACAUGCAAUGGCGGUGCUACAAUGCCAAGCUGGUUCGAUUUUCUCAAAUUGCCCCUUUCUGCUACGGAUGCGGACAACUAUGGCUGCUCGCUGGAGGAAGCCAUUGCUUCAUGCGGCCGUGUCCAUGCAGCCAUUGACAUGCUCGUCAGCGAAGGCAUUCCCGCAGAACGGAUCAUGGUGGGUGGCUUUUCGCAGGGAGGGGCCAUGGCGAUGCUGUCAACACUCACUUAUCCGCAGCGCUUGGCCGGUGUCAUUGUCUUCAGCGGCAUAUGCUUCUUUGGCGAGCAUGUGGCGAAGUUGGCUGCUUCUCCACAAUGCCAUGACCUGAAAGUCUUCUGGGGCCACGGAAGCAAGGACACAAUACUCCACCCGAGUCUUCAAGACUUUGGGGUGGACAUCCUGAAACGUGCAGGCAUAGCAGCGGUUGCGAAGAAAUAUGAAGUCGACCAUGGCAAUACGCAGCAAGAGAUGGACGAUGCGGCAGCCUUCUUUGCCUCUGCCAUAGCGGCAAAAGUGUGA